CAAUCGCGAUCACUCGGAGUUUGUAGUCAAGCAUAAGCCGCGAGGUCCCCAGUCACCGUGCCGGAGUUGUUGUCGUUCCAUUCCCCACCUUACGCUAUACUUAUUAGUAUUAUUAUUAUUAUUAUUAUUAUUAUUAUUGUUGUUAUUAUUAUUAUUAUUAUCAUUUCUUCUUCUUAGUUCUUCGUUCUUUGCAUUGGCAACGACAACUUGUUGAGUAUCGUAAGUCGGUUGUCCUCAGUUGGGCCGAGUCUGCUCACGCAUUCGCAUUAAAUUUAUUUAUUCCUCUCGUAGACUUUUUUUGAAAAUUUCAUACUUUUGAAUCCUUAAAACUCGGUCCUUGCUCAAUAUUAUUUUACAUAUAUUUAUUUUUUUUCGUUUGCUUCGAAUAUUUGAACGCGUAAUCAAGUGGCAUUUUAUUUUUUACACGAAAAAAAAAAUUUGAGUUUUUGGGAAUUAUAAAAAACGCACGUGGAUUGCGCGAAAAUGCCGAGAGUGAUAUUACCGAGCGUAGUACAACGACACUAUUGUAAUACGGGAGUUUAUUCACGUGAUUAGUGAAGAAAAAUAAAUAAAUAAGUAAAGGAGAAGAAAAAUAAUAAGAGAAAAGGAAGAGGAAAGGAAGAAGAUUACAGUGGCGUUAAGAAGUGAAUUUAAACGAUAAAGUAAUCAAGAGGAAGAAAAUAAAUUUUUUUUAAAAAUUGUUUUUUUUUUUUUUAAUCACUUUUUUUUGACUUUCAAUCGUUUAUCGGUACUCGAGAGUGUUUUUUAUCGUGAUCGAGUGAUAAAAGAGGAAAAUAAUAAAAAAAAAUUGUUUAUAUUUUUUAUGAUGCCGAGUUAUUUGGCUACAGUUACGAUGGAAACAUGAAGACCAAACAGGAUCGUUCAUCUGAUCAGCAAUAUUAUAUAUUUACCAUCUAUAAAUGACAGAUGCGGCGUCGCCAAUCAUCAGGAAUAUUUAAAUGCAAAAUGAUUCACAUUCGCGUCUUAUUGUGUAUGCUCGUUUUAUCAGUCGCACAAUGUCACAUGAUUCACGAACACAUGACGGCAGAAGAAAUGCUGUCGGUAUUUCAUAAAACGGCUGAUGAGAAUGUGCCGGCGUAUGAAGUGGUGCCUGUUUUACACUCAACACACAAGAGAAGCCCGGAAGUUGAGCCUGAGGUCCACUUGAAAGCAUUUGGACAGAAUAUUAAUUUGUCCCUGAAGCCAACAAAAGGACUUUUAUCUUCUGGCAACCAUAUCUCCAUGUGGACGGUUACUAGAAAUAACUCCAGCCCCGAUGGACUUGACUAUGAACAAGUUCCUGAGGCUAGUGCAGAUAUCGGUGACAUUUAUCAAGAUCCAGCGAACAUGGCAUCCAUAAUAUUGCACCGAGAUGCGAAUGGGAAAGUACUUGUGGAAGGAAAUAUCGGGUCAGAAUUAGUGAUCCGACCGCUGCCGCUUCGGGUAUUAAAUGAAGUAAUAAAUGAGAAUGAUGUUUAUCAUGAGCCUAAUUUACUGCCAAAUGUUACGCGAGUAAAGAGAAGUCUCAGUCAAACACAUCAUCAUGUCGUGUAUAAACGUACAAGCCGGCCUAUUGACGUUGAAAACAGCGAUUUCGCUUAUAUGGAACCGGACCACCUAUCCAAGAGGUUCAGGUCGAAGAGAUCAAUUAACUCGAGAUCGAAACGCGAAGCGCCUUAUGUAAUUUAUCCGGAAAUAUUGUGUAUCGUCGACUACGAAGGCUACAGGAUGCAUGGAGGAGAUAAUGUACAAAUUAAGAGAUAUUUUGUUUCAUUUUGGAAUGGAGUUGAUUUGAGAUAUAAAUUAUUAAAAGGACCCAAAAUACGUAUUAGUAUUGCCGGAAUUAUUAUAUCGAGGGGAAGGGAUGCAACUCCUUAUUUAGAAAGAAAUCGUGUAGGACGUGAUGCCAUCGAUUCAGCAGCAGCACUUACCGACAUGGGGAAAUAUCUCUUCCGGGAGAGAAGACUUCCGGCUUACGAUAUUGCAGUCGCCGUGACAAAAUUAGAUAUGUGCAGGAGACAAUAUACAAAUGACGUGUGCAAUAGAGGAACUGCAGGAUUCGCUUAUGUGGGUGGUGCUUGUGUUGUUAACAAGCGUCUGGAGAAGGUCAAUUCAGUCGCUAUUAUCGAGGACACUGGAGGAUUUAGUGGAAUUAUCGUAGCCGCUCACGAAGUCGGUCAUUUACUGGGUGCUGUCCAUGAUGGAUCACCACCUCCAAGUUAUCUCGGUGGACCAGGUGCUGAAAAAUGCCGUUGGGAAGACGGUUACAUAAUGAGUGAUCUUCGACACACUGAGAAAGGAUUUAAAUGGUCCCACUGCAGUGUCUCAUCUUUUCAUCACUUUCUUAAUGGAGACACAGCUACCUGCUUGUAUAACGAACCACAUCAAGACGAUAAAUUGUCACGAGUAUUACCUGGUAAAUUAUUGACAUUAGAUGCACAAUGUCGCAAGGACCGUGGCACAAGUGCAUGUUUCAAAGACAACAGGGUUUGCGCACAAC